AUGUCAACCCCAUCAGUGGAAAAGAUUUUUGAAUAUUUGAAUCCAAAAGCUUUCAACCAAGUUCACUAUGUGGCUAUGGUUUUUUGGAUUCUGAUCAGUGGCAUCUUCCUCGGCAUAUUCGUCGACAUGGAAAUUAACGAGUCCAGGUCUGAUUUUCGCUGUGGCGGAGCGAAGAUUGAAAACGUCGACGUCGUCCGUGGAAAAUGUUACGAGAUAUAUAUGAAUCAGUACAACAAAUACGGUUUUCCUAUCUUUGGCUUCGUAAUCUUCAAUCUAGUCCUUAUUGUAUUUGUAUGUGCUAUUUACUCUAAAAUAGGGAGCGCCAAAGUCAAACAACUGUCGCGAGGCAUCCGUAACGAUGAUCAAGAGAGACAGCUGCUUGACCAGGAGACUGCGUCAUCAACUGGAAACAGGCUCUUUUUUGCUUACUGCUGUCAACUAUUGUUCAGAAUUGUUUUAGGAGUAAUUUUCAUCAUCCUACAAACUCAGUUGCUUUAUCCUUUAAAGUUUAACUCGAAGUUUAACUGUUAUUUAACCGAUGGAACCACUCAGCCAAGGAAUUUAGCUGACAACGCCCAAAACUCUACUUUACACGACUGUCACAAUCAACGAGCGGAAAAGAAAACCUUCUGGAUGUACGCUGUCCUUGUGAUGAAUGGAAUUCAUGUCGCUGGCAUACUGGUUGAAACCGUCUACCUUAUUUCGCGGGCAUGCAUUGAAAGGGGUUUCAUGCAAGACUCAAAGUUUCUAAAAACCCAUCUAAGACUCAACCAACACCAAAAACGAAAGUUUAAAAAAUUCAUCAAACGCACAAAGAAAAUAAUUUUUCAAGACACCCAAGAACUAUUAGCACUCCAAUCGCCUUUUACAGGUAAUCCAGGCGAAAACACAAUGGUAAAACAUUGGACUUUGGAUCAAAUUUACACAAAUCUUGUUGUGAUUCCGAACAGAGCUACGUAUGUCUUUACUGAAAACAGAGAGGAACAACUCAAGAUUUAUCCAAUGUCGCGCGGGGAAAACUCACAACCGAAAAGCCUGGAAGACCUCCUAAAUGUUGAAAAUAAGAAAGUGUUAAUCGUCGGUCGAGCCGGAAUCGGCAAGACAUUAUGUUGUACCAAACUUCUCAGAGACUGGGCGUCACCUGAAGCCAAAAUCCCUUUUGAUGCCGCUUUCUUCGUGAAAUUCAGAAGAUUCAAAUCGGAGAACAACCUUAGCCUCAGGGAACUGUUGAUUCAGUCCGAGCAUUUCCCAACAAAUCACCUAGAUGACGAGGUCUGGAAUCACUUGAUUGAGAACCCUGAAGGUGUACUCAUACUUUUUGACGGAUUCGACGAAUUUAAACUUAACGCAAACAUGGACCGAGAACCUCCUCAUCCCAAGUGCAUUGAAGAGAAAAAGCCGCUCCAAAUCCUUUACCAGUGGCUUGUGACCGGGAAACUCCUAAAAGAUGCCUCAAUUUUGACAACCACGAGACCUUCGGCUUUGUCGAGCAUCAAACACCUUAAGUUUGACAAAACGUUCGAAAUUCUAGGAUUUUCAUCGGAACAAGUUAAAGAAUAUGUCUACAAAUUGGCCGGAGAUAAAAAGACAGUUGGCGAAAAACUAUUGCGACACAUCAGCAGCAACAUUAAUUUGCUCACGCUAUGUUAUGUGCCGGUCAACAGCUUCAUCAUCUGCACAAGUCUGUUACAAAUAAUGGAGUCCGAAAGUUCCGAUGACGUUACCCUUCCUGCCAAAUUAACAUCGAUAUACAAGAUUGCAGUACAGGUGUUUUAUUUUAAACAUACAAGAGAAUUGUGCCAUAAUCCGUUUCCAGUCGGACAUAAUUUGCCCACCCAACUGCUGAUAUUCAGAAAACUAGGAAGAGUAGCGUUUGAAGGAAUCAAAAACGGAGAGCUGAUCCUUGGAGGAAGCGAAGUAAGCGGAAUGGAAGACAGCGCUCUUUUCCACCGCUUACCCGACCGUAAAACGGACCCACUUAAUCCUGAACCACAAUUCUGUUUCAUUCAUUUGACAAUGCAAGAGUUUUUCGCUGCGAGGCACCUAGCAAACAACAUGAGUGACACAGAAUUAAAAAGCUUUGUUUCCGAGAACAUCAAGAACGGCAAAUGGCAGCUGGUUUUUCAGUUUCUAGCAGGAUUAAUGGAGGAUAAUAUUCAUCUAUCAAACGAAAUUAUUACUAACCUUCUUCCUGUAAAAACUGAAGAAGGAAGCGUCACCGAACAGUGGACAGAUAAAGAAGAAAAAAGUACAGUGACCUGCUGGCCAACUAGCGGCGAAAAAGAUUUAGCAAUGACAUUAAUAAAAUGUUUAAACGAAAAUAGUAGAAUGAAGUUAGAAGCACAGGAAAAAAUUCAACAAUUGAACUUUAAUUUUGUAAAUUUUAAUUUUUGUCACCUCACAGCUGUUGAUUGCUCUUCGUUAGUAAAUGUAAUUAAUGUUCUACAAAUUUCACAUUUAGAUUUGAGUAACAAUAACAUUGAUUCCUUAGGUUGCUUUGAAAUUUGUAAAUUGUUAAAAUAUAGGGAAUCUCAACUGAGCUGGUUAAACCUCGCAGGAAAUCAAUUGACAGAAAAAGCAGUAAAGCAUCUAGCUGAAGCCAUCAACAACAACAACUGUCAGCUACGCACGUUAAACCUCGCAUACAAUAACAUCUCAGACAUUGGAGCACAGCACUUGGCUGACGCCAUCAACAACAACAACUGUCAGCUACACACGUUAAACCUCUACGGAAAUAACAUCUCAGACAUUGGAGCACAGCACUUGGCUGAAGCCAUCAACAACAACAACUGUCAGCUACGCACGUUAAACCUCUCACACAAUAAAAUCUCAGACAUUGGAGCACAGCACUUGGCUGACGCCAUCAACAACAACAACUGUCAGCUACACACGUUAGACCUCUCACACAAUAAAAUCUCAGACACUGGAGCACAACACUUGGCUGAAGCCAUCAACAACAACAACUGUCAGCUACACACGUUAAACCUCUCAGAAAAUAACAUUUCAAACUAUGGAGCACAGCACUUGGCUGAAGCCAUCAAAAACAACAACUGUCAGCUACACACGUUACACCUCUCAUUCAAUAACAUCUCACACAUUGGAGCACAGCACUUGGCUGAAGCCAUCAAAAACAACAACUGUCAGCUACACACGUUAAACCUCUCAAACAAUAACAUCUCAGACAUUGGAGCACAGCACUUGGCUGAAGCCAUCAAAAACAACAACUGUCAGCUACACACGUUAAACCUCACAAACAAUAACAUCUCAGACAUUGGAGCACAGCACUUGACUGAAGCCAUCAACAACAACUGUCAGCUACACACAUUAAACCUCUAGCUACACACGUUAAACCUCUCACACAAUAACAUCUCACACAUUGGAGCACAGCACUUGGCUGACGCCAUCAAAAACAACAACUAUCAGCUACGCACGUUAUACCUCUCAUACAAUAACAUCUCACACAUUGGAGCACAGCACUUGGCUGACGCCAUCAACAACAACAACUGUCAGCUACGCACGUUAAACCUCUCAGAAAAUAACAUCUCAGACAUUGGAGCACAGCACUUGGCUGACGCCAUCAAAAACAACAACUGUCAGCUACACACGUUAAACCUCACAAACAAUAACAUCUCACACACUGGAGCAAAGCACUUGGCUGAAGCCAUCAACAACAACAACUGUCAGCUACACACGUUAAACCUCUCAGACAAUAACAUUUCAGACAUUGGAGCAAAGCACCUGGCUGAAGCCAUCAACAACAACAACUGUCAGCUACACACGUUAGACCUCACAAGAA